GAAGAGAAAAAAAAGAAAUUGGCUCGGCGCGGAGCGGAGUAGCGUAUCGUGAUUUUAUUUUGUGCUUAAUAAUUUAAUGAUGUUCUAACAAGUUCCCUUUGUUUGCUUUAUUCUAUUAUUAGCUAAUAUGGCUAAAGAAGGCGAUAUGUCUCUGUACCAGGAUGUGUUAGAGCCGUUCAGGCGUGUGAUAAACACCGAUCCGCCAAAAGAGAAGUUGUCGGCGUCUACAAAAAUGAAUUUCACGGAUAGUAAUCAAUCUAUUAAAGAAGGCUUGUCUAACCUAUUGUCGAUGGGUAAAAGGAAGUCCAGCAUGAGCGUUGCAGAAGCUACGCCUGAUAAGCGUCAGCGUACCGACAGCUCUACGUCAGUUCCUCCGUCACCAUGGGAAGCUAAACGGAUGAAGAUAGAUUUGAUAGCAGCCAAAGCUCAGAUAACUAAGUUGGAAGCUCGAGUGAACCAUCAACAUACAAUUCGGAAAGAGAUGCAGAUCCUAUUUGAAGAAGAGAAGUCUUCACUCAUGGAGCAACAUAAAAGGGAUGAAAGGGCCUUAUCUGACAUGGAAGACCGCUUAAACACCAUUAGGAGAAGGGAGCAGGAGUUAAGAGAUGAGUUGUGUGAAACAGUAAAAGAACACAAGGAGAGCAAAGCAAAGUGGGAAUUGGAGAAAGGAGAGCUCCAGAAAUAUAUAGCAGAGCUCAAAGACAAACUGCUUGAGGCCAAUGUGAGCAAUAAGGACCAGGUUUCGGAAAUGAAGAAAGACAUGGAUGAACUGUUGCAGGCCCUAGAAGGUGCCCAGGCUGAAGUAGAAAUGUUAAAGAAGGAACUAGCCAAACAGACCAGUCGGGCUGAGCAGUGCACUAGUCUCCGGACCCAGUUGGAGAAGCAGACUUUUGAGCUGCAGCAGGCAAAUAGCAAGCUGAAAGAACUGCAGUAUGAGAAGGACUCUUAUAAGGAUUGGCAACAACAGGCUAAGACUGCCCAAAAACGGCUAAGCAACAUGGCUGAACUAGAGAAAGAAGUCGCUCGAUUACGCGCUGCAGAACGUUCUUUGCGCGAUACUAUUGGCAACAAAAUGCUGCUAGAAGAGCAGGUUCAUCAGCUGACCAGCAGGGUCGAGGCUCUGCAACCGGCCCAGCAGGAACUCCAUGAGGCUAAGGUGAAGCUCGCCUCAGUAGAAGGUUCCUUAGCCGAAUGGCGCGCCGCCGGUCGCGCUCACGGUGCAGAGACGCCACGUGCGCUACGCUCCGCGUUAGACGCAGCGUUGUCCGGGCAACUAUCCGCCGUGGCUGGACAGUCGCAGGCUCAGUCGCAGCUGGCACAAAUCACUGAGGACGUAGCAACCCUGAAGUAUGAGAGAGACAAGGCGACGACGAAGCUGAACGACCUAAUGAACGUUCGCAAGACGCAAGAGAGCCUCAUCCAUAGGCUGCAGAAACGGCUGCUACUCGUCACCAGAGAAAGGGACAGCUACAGACAACAGCUAGACUGCUACGAGAAGGAGCUGACCGUGACGCUGACGGGCGAGGCGGGCUCGGGCAGCGCGGCGCUGCUGUCCGCGCGCGUCGAGCAGCUGGAGCGCGCGCUGCAGGGCUACCGCGACCUGCUCAACAUGCACGACCAGAGCUCGCACGCCACAGUGGUGGAAGGCCUCCGAGCCGAAGUGAGCAAGUGGCGGGACGAGGCGGAAUCGGCGCGGCGCGACGCCAGCAAGCUUCGAGCACAGCGCGACAACCUGCAAUCUCAGCUUGAGAGGCUCAACGUGCCGUCCACUAAGGUGAUACACUUGGCGGACAACCCAGCCGCAAUAGCACAUAAACAAGUUCAAGGCGACUUGGAAGCAGCUAACGAAGAGAUAAAGAAGUUAAAGGCGGCUCUACGAGAGGGCGGGUCGCGCGGCAACCCCGAGGAGCUAGCACAGUUGAGGCAGCAACUCGAGAACAGCCAAAUAAAACUGCAAAGAAUGAAAGAAGAGUUCACGUCAUCGGCGCAGGAGUACAGAGACGUGUGUUACAUGUUGCUGGGCUACAAGGUCGACAGAACUGGACAUAAGAAUUAUAGAAUAUCUAACAUGUACGCAGAAUCUGCAGAAGAAUACCUAACAUUUACUCUAUGCGACGACGGAAUCGAGAUGGUGCACACAGACUAUUCCGCGACGUUAGAAGACCUCGUGGAGUUACAUUUACACCAUCACAGGUCCAUACCCAUGUUCCUUAGCGCUCUCACUUUAGAACUGUUUACUAGAACUACUAUGCAGCAAGACGAAGAAGAUUCUGACUGAUAAGAGGGAUAAACUAGUUUUAGAUACAGUGAGUGAUGUGAUACGGUGUGGUAAUUAAGUUAUAAGACUUAUAAGAGAUUGUGAAUGUGAGUGAUAAAACAGGACUCGAAACAAUAAGGUUAUCUUAGUCAAAAACAUUUCUAUUAAACUUGUUAGCAUGUGGUCUGAUAUGGCUGGUGUUGUGUUAUAUGCCGAUGCAAGAGCAAGUGGCGUUGUGGGGCAAUGACCUCGCGCGGCAAACUGCCAACGUAGAAGUGCCUCGGCCGAGGCAAUGCACACGCUGUGCUGCUUGCUGUGACUGGACCCGCAUUUUGUCUUUCUUAGUAUGUUUGUUGUACAUUCUGUCAUAGAAACACACGAGAUUUGGAAAAACAAACUUUUAAUUUGCUAAUAGUCAGAAGUGUAAAUUACUUCAAAGGCUGUAUAAAACAAGUUAAACGCGGGCUAUUCGAAAAAAGACUUGUUAAAAGUGAUCUAUAAAAUGGCAAAAAAUUGUAACAUGGGUACUACAGUUUCUAAAUAAUGAGUCGCAAGUAGCUCUAAUGUAGAUUUAAACAAUAUAAUAUUGUCUGUUAAUGAUUUCAUGCUGUUAUUCACCUAUCAUAUCAUUACUCUAAAUGUUGUGCUAAAGCAGAGACAAUUAUUCUUAUGAAAAAUUAUCUGUACUUCCAUUAUUUCUUCCCCAUAUGCGACAUUUCAAUAAACAUACUUAAGUAUACUUAGCACAAACUGUAGAAAGGAAUCGUUCAUAUUAUUUAUUGUUCUAUUCACUAAAUGAUACACAUCAUCACCCUGAAACGCUGAUGGAUGAUAUUCACUCGAGUAAUAUCGUCACUACUUUUAAAAAAACUUGUAUCUUCGUCUGUCAAUGAAAAGAAAAUUGUAGUAAGUAUGUAUGGAAUGCAUAUAGACUUACUGCGUUUUAACCUUGAGGAACAGCGUGAGAUACGAGAUUUUUUAAAAGUAGUGACGAUAUGUAAAUGACACGAACAUAAUGAACAAAACUUUCAUUGUACAUAUAAGUGACACCUAUUGGUGUACAGUUACAGUCUAUGCUAAUAAUCGCAAUGUAAAAUACUAGAAACUAGUAAAUAAUAAGUAGGAUGUGCAUAUCUGUUUUAUUCUGAAAAAUAAAAACACUAGAUGCUUCAAUUCAUACAAUUUUGCCGCCGUUUUUCAACAUCAAUCAAUAUUUCAAUAAUAUCAGACCUUGUAAUAAACCCGUCAUUUAAUAAACCUAAUAUUUUUCAUAAAAAUGUAAAAGAUACACUUUAUUUUACCCCAAGAUUUCUACAGAUCUAUGUAGUUUGUACUUAUUGAAUUGCCAACUUGGAAAAAAUUGUAAGUUGCCAGGAUAGAGUUGUAUAAUAUAUAAUAUUAAAAUUUGACUGUUUUAUAUGUUUCAUAUAAGUGACAUUCCUAAUGGUAAUCUCUAAUGUAUGCUAAAAUAUGAAUUAUAUCAGUCAUCAGUGAACAGACACAGAUAAGUAUUGUAAUAAAUUUUCUAUAAAUACGAA